AUGUCUGCUCCAGGCUGCUCUCUUCCCGCCUUUACCUGCUCAUAUCAUGGCCCAAAGCACAUAGCCGACGAAAGGCUUGUGACAGGAGACCUUAUCUGCAAAAUAUGCGGACUUGUCGUAGGAGAAAGAUGCCCACCACUCAACCCAGAAAAAUCAAUGCGAGUGACGGCCAUCAAACCAAACGAAAACUUGCCAAAAACUUUCACCCGGAAUAACGAAGAAACAGGGGACGAAUGCAUCAUAUCAAACGAGGCCCAACUAUCCAACCGCGAGAAAAAUAGGUUACAAACUGUCCUUCGGGAAUGUGAAGACCUCAUCGAAGAAGCAGGAGCCCGAUUGAUAUACUCAGGACUCACUAAUACAAAACUACGAGCUUACGAACUCAUCAAAAAGCUAUACCUCAAAGAAAAACAGGGAACAACUUGGUACUUCCACCGCCAAAAUCGCGCAGAACCCGUGGCAAUAGCGGCGUGCCUCUACCUGGCCAGUAAGCAAGAGAACUGCGACCUGAGCUUGGAAGAAAUCUGCCAGGCAACUGGCACCUCUCCCCCUAAUCACCCAGAGAAUGAUUCGCAAAUUCGAUACCUUCCUCAGAACAGCAAAAAUCGACGCACACAUUAA